AUGAUUGAUCCGAAUGAAUUGCAAUCUCUGGCUUUUCAAGUCAUUCUAGAAAUUCUAGAAAUAUGCGGCGCUUCUUCCGCUCUGGGUGGGAAGUUGAAUUCCUGCGCUUAUGUUUAUGGAGCCUUUGAACCAGAAGUAAAUCAGAUCAGAUAUUUCUCAGAAACAACCAAGCCUGAAAGACUGCGCUGGGGGAUUAAGGCGAUGGAGAACUCGGAUCAACAGGCACUCGUCUCUCGUUUACUGGCCGCCGCACCACCUGGUCAAAAUCCUUUCGUAAAUGGCAUCCAGGCAUUAGGGGAAGGCAGCUUUCCCGUCGUACCGACGUAUUCCUAUCACAUCCUCAUCUUUUUCAUGGUGGUAUACGGUGCCAUCGCUCUCGGGGCUUUGUUCUUGAUCCUAUUUCCUUUGUUGAAAGGUCCUGAAAUGAGGAAGAAACAUCUUUGGCUUUGGAAUAAAUGUUACAUUGGUAACACAGACACUACUCCGUUCUAUAUUCCCAAUAAUAGUCUCAGUGUGGCGGUUGGACUUGGCACUGCUUCCAGUCUCUGCUCACCGCACCGAAAUUUCGAGGAACCCAAAAAGUCGAUGCGCUGGUUGAAAAUCUUCACGUCGCCCUCCGUGCUCAACGUCUUUUGCAUCCUUAUACCACUUCUUGUAACUCUCAAGACAAUCUACUGGACCAUUGCUCAAAGCGUGGCUUCGGAGCGCCUCUGGUCACAACAUGACACAGUCAUCCUCCUCUUUGACCGAGCUGCCAAAGAGUGGUCACCUACAGUUCCUAUCAACAACAGCUCACAAAGCAUGCUCGAAUUGGAACGAGUAGUGACCCGUCAUAUCACCCUUGUUCAUCGCCUCGCAGUGAACGUGCGAAUUGCAGGCAUUCAGUGGAACGUUUCCAUCUUUGUUCUUUCCCUGUUUUAUUGUUUGACCACAGGUGCCUUGAUCCUACUAGUCAGGCGUUCACUGAAGAUUGCGUCUGGAAAGAUCAACAUCUUGACCGGGCAAAGAAAGACCAAGCACUCAGACAAGCCAAAGUCCAGGCCAGAGACUGAAACAAAAUCCAGUAUCACUACAGUGAUCAUGGCUGACCAAGGAAGCAAGGCUGCGACCACCUUGCAAAGGGGAUACAGUAAGCUACUUGCUAUCAACAUUCACUCGACUUGUCGCUAUGAGUCUGAUCGAGCAAGUAGCUCCAUUCUGACCCUUAUUGAUCUUCUCAACACAAUAGUGCACCUCACAGUUCAAUGUCUCUUUCUCAGUCUUUGUUUAUUGUUCGACCUGUCAACGAGCUUUUUUUUUACAACUCACGCCCAUCUCAUUACGAAAAGCGGUGAGUGGCGAAUAUACAAGACCGAGGAAGCUCAACAAGAAUCCCAAACCUACACAGUGAUAUGUGUAUCACCUCAAGAGUCAGAUAACACACCGGUACAAUUCAAAUCACCACUACGGGAGGGCGGAGAAACUGACACGAGCCUCGAGAGCGAAGAUCAAUACUCUGGCACCAGGCUAAACGUCAGCCACGUCACCAGACACCAUUGGAGUCAGGACGGUGGCAAUAGGAGGAUGGAUCCCGAGAGGACCAUCUGCGAAUCACCACACCCGCCUACUUGA